AUGAUGAAGGAUGUGCCCAGAAGAAUAUAUAUAUGCCAGAACUUUGCAGAGUUUCAUGUGUUCAUUGUCUGGGUUUCGUACUAACCGACAGUGUACAUACCACCAUGAAGACGACACACGCCUUCACCCUCUUCAGCUUCCUUGCAUUUUGCUUCUUCUUCUCAGGGAUUUCUGGUGAUCAUGGACAGAAGGAUGAAUGCAUCGAGUUUCCCAAACCAGAGAAAGGUGGCCAGAUUUUCUGCACAGAUGAUUAUAAACCUGUCUGUGGCACUAAUGGUGUGACCUACCCUAACAGAUGCGCACUCUGUGCAGACCAGGCAGCGGGAGUUCACGUUCAUAUAAAACAUGAUGGAGAAUGUAAAGGAAAGCCGGAUGUCUGCAGUAAGUUCCCCCAACAAGAGAAGGGCAAACCAGCUGGGUGUACCAAGGAAUACCGUCCCGUCUGUGGUACCAAUGGCGUCACUUAUGCAAACUUAUGUCUCUUCUGUGCAGCAAAGAGGGACAGUGAAGUUCCUCUUGACAUAAAGCAUGAAGGAGAAUGUAAGCCGGAUGUCUGCAGUAAGUUCCCCCAACAAGAGAAGGGCAAACCAGCUGGGUGUACCAAGGAAUACCGUCCCGUCUGUGGUACCAAUGGUGUCACUUAUGCAAACUUAUGUCUCUUCUGUGCAGCAAAGAGGGACAGUGAAGUUCCUCUUGACAUAAAGCAUGAAGGAGAAUGUAAGGAUGUGUGCAGUAAAUUCCCAGAGCCACCUAAGGGCCAGGCUCCUAAAUGUACAUUGGAAUGGAAACCUGUUUGUGGCAGUGACGGUCAGACAUAUGGCAACUUGUGCGCAUUUUGCCAUGCGAGAAGACAAAGUGGAAACACUAUCACAAUAAGCCACAAGGGUCCGUGUAAGGGAAAGGACGAGUGCAGUGACUUCCCAGUCCCACCCAAGGGCAAGCCUGCUAUAUGCACAUUUGAAUUAGCAGAAGUCUGUGGCAGUGAUGGUGUGACAUAUCCAAACAAGUGUACAUUUUGUGAUGCCAAAAGGAAAAGUGGCGGCAAGCUAACGAUAAAGCAUGAAGGGCCCUGUGAGGAACAGGGGCAAAAGGGCGAAUGAAAAAAUCCUUAGUGGAAAGCAGCAAGAAUUACUUUUAAACUGAAGAAAGAUACUCUGUGCAAAUAUCUUUAUUUUCUAGUUUAAAGAAAAGUUUUUCCUGAUCUGCUAAUAGAAUAAACUCAAAGCAACUAAA